UUAACUAAGAUAGUAAAAUUUAUACCUAUAGAAGAGACUAUUACGGUAGACAAAUACGCGUACGAAGUUACUAAAGCAUUAGUAUUAGAGUAUAGAAUACCUAAAGAGUUUAUUACUAAUUAUAAUAAACUAUUUACGUCUAAAUACUAG